UCUCUCUCUCUCUCUCUACCCAUCGUCGUCCUCAUCAUCACCACCCGGCACCACCUCUCCAAUUCUUCCUACAACAAAAAUGGGCGCAACGAGUCGCAGAGACCUAGAGGCUUCAGGUUCCUAGAGAGAGAGACAGAGAGAGAGAGAGAGGUUUAGAGAGAGAGAUGGUGAGGAAGCGUAGAGGAAACGCGGAGUUGGAGGUGAUGGAUAUUGCGGGGGUCGGAGUGAGGACCCGAGCUCGAGCCAGCCUAGCCGCCGCCUCUUCCGUUCCUGCCGUCGCGAAGGUCUCCGCUCUAGCCGCGAAGAGGAGGAGAGUCGGAGCGCGCGAGGAGGAGGAGGAGGAGGAGGAGGAGAAGGAGCUGAAGUCCUCGUGCGGCUCGCCGCCGUGCGAUCGUCUGCUCGUUCGGAGUGGUGGCCGCGAGCGGCACAGCGGCGGGACUACGCCGGAGAAUUCGCUGCGUCCGGCUCCAGCGACGGGGGACCGCUGCUUGAGCCCUAGUUCCCACGAUUUCGCCUCGGUCUCGUGUUGCUCGAGCAACGGAUCGAGUGAGGUGGAGAAGGAGAUGAUCAAUUUCGUAGAUCUGGAGGAGGAGAGCGACGGAGUCGAAGCUUCCACGUAUCAUCGCCGUCGCCGAGAGAGGAGAGAGAAGACGCCGUCAAGCGAGGUCGGAGCGGAGUCCGACGACAUGGGGUCGGCUUCCAAACCGACGUCGGAGGCCAAUUCUCGCUGGAGACCGAAAAUGCCGACGCAGGCCGAGCUCGAUGAUUUCUUUGCCGUCGCGGAGAAAAACCAAGCUCUCGAAGCUUUCAAGGACAAGUACAACUUCGAUUUUGUCAAGGAAGGGCCAUUGAAAGGACGCUACGAGUGGUCUCGGAUAGAGAAUAAGGCGGAAGAGAGAAGCAACUGAUCAUCAUCCAGUCAGGGCAUGCACUAUCUUCCAUAAUUUGUCACUGUUUUAGGGUACUUCGUCUGAGUAGUUCUUGAAUCUAGUCAAUCAGGUCAGCUUAUUUAUUUCCUUUCUGUACAGUUUCUCUCUCUUCUAGUACAGUGGUAUUAGUAUGAGUUUAGGAAGACGGAGUUCUGUUCUCUGGUACGAGUGUAUACGGAGAAGAAGAACCAUCUCCUGCAAACACCC